AGUAGAGAUUUGGAUAUCACGCGAAGCUCAACUCGUUGUAGUUGCUUUUAAACUCUUCACUUCUUUAUUAUAUUUUUUGUGGCUUAUUCACUGCAUCUGCAGAUUAUUUUCAUGGCUAAACUGUGACUCAUUGUGCAACAGAUUUUAAACAUAACCGAGAAUUAAAAUUUGAUACUUUGUUUAUUGUUCUGCCACAUCACACAAACCUCAAUAAUCGGUCGAUAUUCGUGAACAUUAUUAAGAGUUUAUGAGUGAAGUCUAAAGCUAUAGAAUCUCGAUAGUGAAAACAAUUAACAUCAAAUAAGCACAAGAAGCUUAACAUAACCAGAUCAAUUUUUUUUAUUUGCUAGUAAAAAUUUUACAGUCGAUUUGUAUCGCUUUUUUUGUUUCAUUGUGAUUACUGGUGUUAAAUAUUAUUUCUUGACUCAAUACCACGAAUAAUUUGGCGAAGAAAAUAUUUUAAAAAGAAGAAGAAGAAGAAGAAGAAUCUUUAAGAAGAAAAAAGAAUUGAAGUGAAUGGUGAAGUGAAAACUGGUCUUGACAUACAAGAAACAAGUUGAGAGAAAUUUUCAUGACAUCAAAGAAGCUGCCAAAGACGGAAUGAAGCUUUCCUGUCAUUCCAUUGAUGGAAAAGUAAAUAAUGUAGAAGACUAAUGACAGUUUCUCCACGAAGCUUAUCUGAAAGUGCGGUACAAAAGUGAAGUUUCUUAAAUCAAAUAAAAAACGAUACAAGCAAGGAAGAAAGUUAACAACGAAAUCUUAAAAAGGAAAUAAAAAAGGCGUAGAAGCUAACGAAGAAUUCCAAAAAGCGCUAAGCAAGGAAAAUGUGCCAAUUAGAAAAUAAAUUCAAUUUAAUUCCCAAUUUGAAUAAUAGAUGAAAAAAGUUUCUGAUAGCGACACUCGCGAAGUGGCUGAAAAUUAUUUCGAUUAUAGCUCGAAGGCAAAAGAGAAAAAAAUUAAAUUCCGUUGUCAGUGAUUCGCGUUUACAUUCGGUUGGUGAUUAUAACAAAAAGUGAAAGAGACGAGCAAUUUUGCGGAAUAAAUUAAACUCAUAAUUGCUCACAAAUAUUUCUAAUUAAAUCCAACAAUAAAUUUGUGGCUUUUGGUCCUUAAAAGCAAGAGAAGAAUUUCCUAAGGCUUCUAGUGAGAAAUCUAAAAAUAAUUUUGUUUUCCAAAAUGUUUGACGCCAUCAACAGAACUGUAACAGUUUUAAUUAUUACUGGAUUAUUUACAAUUUCUUGGCAUAAUUGCCAUGGCUUAGAUGAGGUAAUGACACUGCCAACACCUGUUCCUGAGAUUACAACAUUAUCAUCACAAUCAAACACAAAUGUCCCUUCUCCCUCAUCUUCUCAUCCCGACACAUCAUCAUCAUUACUGCUGAAUACGGAAACGACUACAGCAUCAAGUGAACAUCGAACUGAUGAGUCAUUAAAAGUUUUACCUCUUGGCGUAAAUACAACAAGUUUACCGGAUGAUGAAAACAUUUCUCUAACCAUGACCUCAUCGACUCACACACCAAUAACCGUAAAUUCACUUGAAACCAAAAUCAAACCUGAUGUUGUCGGUGAAACGACAACAAUGAUGGGACAAACCUUAAGUAAUGAAGGUGAUAAACAAGCAGAUGAACCGCAACUUGCUAUAGAUGACUCUAAUAAUGAAAAGAAUCGAAAGAUGCAAGAAAAAGAAGGUCGUGCCAUUAAUUUCCCUCUUGGAGUCUCAAGCAGCACGUCUUCAGACCCCCAGCCAGGCUCAAUAAACUUUGUCACGCCAAGCACUGAAAAGACGAUUAUGUCGUUUUUUGAUUUGAGUGACGUCAGCAUGGAUCAUUAUGAAAACGAACAUCCUGAUGUGAAAUUGAAAGAUGUAAAGACGACAACGGAGACUUCAGAGCAUUUAAUUAACAAUGAAUGUUCAUUCAACGGAUCAACCUACAAGGCAAGUAAAGCAAAAUAUCAGAUAACAUGUGAAGUUGACGAAGUGCUUGACAAAGGAUGCGAGGAACGUUGCAUGUGUCGUAACGAUGGCACAUGGAAGUGCGAAGCGAGAUGUCAAGGUGCAUUUAUACAGCGAGGAAAAAUGGGAAAUGCAGAUCCGCAUUGCCAAGAGCGGUCUACAAAUGACGAAUGCUGUGCAACUGUACAAUGUGAUAAUGAAGCUGAAACAUUGGAUUUGGACAAUCAACCCCGUUCAACAAAAACAAACACAACGUCGGAAAGAUUGCAAGAAACACCAGAAUUUCUACCAACAAUGCUUCCCAUCGAACAAGCAUCGACAAAGGCAAUACAUUGCAGUAUGAACAAUUCAGAUUAUAACGUCAACGAGCGUGUCGAAGUUGGUUGUGAGAAGAUUUGUGUUUGUCAAACAAAUGGCAAUUUUGAAUGUUUACCACGUUGCCCUAUUAUGAAUAUGACUAAAUCAGAUCAUUGCGUAACUGUCAAAGAUGUUAAUGAUCCAUGUUGUGAAGUUCAAUUAUGCGAUGUGACAUUAGACGACCAUGAACAAACUGCCUACGUUCCAAUGACGAGUGGCUCACGCGAAGACAUUCAAUUAGAGUCAACUGAUUGCGAAUAUAAAGGAAAAAAAUAUAAACUGAAUGACCAAUUCCAUGAUGAAUGCGAAUCUUUAUGUUUCUGCGACAAGUCUGGCGUGCAAUGUUCGAAGAUUGAAUGUCCAUCAACUUUCGGACUCGAUGUUGUAGAUCCGCAUUGUUUGAAGUGGGUGCCCGAACCAGCAACAUUCCGUGCAAUUGCCCCGAAAUGCUGUCCCGAACGAAUGAAGUGUAUCGAUAAUGGAACAUGCGAAUACAAAGGACAAAUGUUCGACAAUUGGUCGGAGAUUCCAAGUAAAAUUUCUGGUUGUGAUCAGCACUGUUUCUGCGAGGGUGGAAAAGUUGAAUGUCGUCCAAUAUGUCCACCCGUACUCGCCCUUCCACCACCUACACUACCAUGUAGUCCCAAAUUUGCUAAACUCAUGCCAAUCGACGAUGACGAUGACUGCUGCAAGCAAUGGGCUUGCAGUGAAACUCCCGAAACCGACAAAACAAUCCAUAAAAAGCCGCACGAUUAUGAGAAAGGAAAGCCGAUGAAAGUUCCACCGGUUCACGAGAACGACACAAGUGACGUUGAUUCCGAUGAGGAUUUAGAUAAUCAUAAAAUUGAAGUGCCGUUUUAUCCCACGCUUGAUGGAAAGCCACCACCGAAAGUUCCGCAAGAAAAGCCGCACAAGAAGUUCAACAAAGAUGAUAAGAAAAACAACUUUAACAAUAACAACAACAAUGUCUUCGUUCCGCCGUCUUCGACCCACGAUAACAAUAAAUACAACUUUGAUGAAAACGGUUUGCCACACCACCCGCAGGUGCAUCAACAGCCAGGGCCAGGUUUCUUUAACCCCGACGCAACUAAAAAUCAGUUCAAUGAAAACACCGCACCAGGUCAUCAACAUCCAAUUGAUAAACAGCUGUUUAAUAUUUUGGGACCAAACUCGCAACAUUUGCCACCACAAGUGCGACUUGACCAACUGUUACAACACAUACAAUCUCAAGAUCCUAACAAUGGUCCAUUUCUCCAUGGACAGAAUGUCAACCUGCCAUUCACACCAGUCCAACCUAACGGCAUCAACUACAAUCAGUACGGUCAAGGCGGAGAUCAUCUCAGACCAGGUAUCGGCUUUAAUCACAUUCAACCCGACCUUCAAUUGCUAGCAAUCGAUGCAAUUGAUUCAAGACGUGUUCGUGUUAUCUUUAUUGUACCUCAGAUUUAUGUUGGACUUCAUGGUCGUGUCGAAUUGCGUUUCACAAAUCAGCCAAAUAAUAAUGAUUCGAGUAGUUGGCAAUCGCAAAUUUUUGCACCACCAGAAGAUUUAAUUGCGACGUCACAGCUUGAAUUUGAAUUGGCAUCGCUUGAACCGAAUUCGGAAUAUCGCGUGAAGAUUACUUUGAUUUUAAGAGAUUUGCCAGCGCAACCGUCUAGUCAAGUUUAUACGGUUCAUACACCUGCCGAUCGUUCAAUCACACCGCCGUCUAUUGACAACUAUCAGCCGACACUCAUGACAGACAUCCUAGAAAAUCUUGAAGAUCCUCAACUUCAAGCUAAUGAAAUCAAUUCGACAUUCAUCAAAUUCAUUUGGAAUAAGAUUCCAGAUGAUGUCGUUCAAUAUGUUGAUGGAAUUCAACUUCGUUACAAAGAAUUGAGUGGAAAAGUUUAUGCUGCAACUCCAUUAAUCCACAGAGCUUUGACAUCAUACACAUUGGAUAAUCUUAAACCUGAGACAACUUAUGAAGUCGGCCUUUUCUACAUUCCCUUCCAUGGUCACGGUGCAGAGCUUCGUGUUGGUGAAAGAUUCGAAGUCACAACAAAUCAGAGGAUUAACACUUACGGCUUUGAAGCUGUUGUCAAUGUUACUAAAAUUAAACCAACAAGUGUUGAAGUUGUUUGGAGCGGUGUUCCAUAUCCAGAAGAUAAAUACGUAAACAUUUAUCGGGCGAUUUACCAAAGUGAUACUGGAAAAGAGGAUUCAAGUGUAUUCAAGGUAGCAAAGCGAGACUCAACAACGGGAACAUUGAUAAUGGAUCUGAAGCCUGGUACGAGGUAUCGUUUGUGGCUUGAAAUGUAUCUCACAAAUGGAAGCAUCAAGAAAAGUAACGUUGUCAUCUUUUUGACAAAACCAGGACCCCCAGGGAUGACAGGAAAACUUUUAACUGCUGGGCAAUCGUCGUCACAAGGAGAUUAUUAUGGACCACUGGUUGUCGUUGGUGUAAUUGCCGCUCUAGCAGUCAUGUCAACUAUAACUUUACUUUUAAUCUUAACAAGACGAAGAGUACAGAGUGCAACGAUUACGCCACCAAGGAAGAACGAAGUAUCGUACGAAAAUCCGAGCUAUAAAGUUGAAAUACAGCAAGAAACGAUGAAAUCAUUUUGUCAAAAUUUCCCGGAAGAAUAUGAUGGAGCAUUAGAUUGUAUAUCUUUAGCAGUAACUUGUUCCUUCAAUAAAUAUGGAACACUUCUUGCUGUUGGAUGUAAUGACGGUAGAAUAGUAAUUUGGGAUUUUCUCACUCGCGGGAUCGCAAAAAUAAUUUCUGCCCAUGUUCAUCCAAUUUGCUCACUUUCAUGGGCUCGAAGUGGCCGUAAACUUUUAUCAUCAUCAACAGACAACAAUGUGUGUAUAUUUGAUGUAUUAUCAGGAGAUUGUGACUGCAAAUAUCGUUUCCCAUCGCCUAUUCUCAAAGUUCAAUUUCACCCAAGAAACGAAUCUCAAUUUCUUGUCUGUCCAAUGAGACAUGCAGCGAUUCUUGUGAAAGUCGGCGGUAAACACGAUAUUUUGCCUGUCGAUAGUGAUGGUGAUCUCAACAUUGUAGCAUCUUUCGAUCGAAGAGGACAAUUCAUUUACACUGGCAAUGCUAAAGGCAAAAUUCUUGUCCUUGAUACAGAAUCGCUGAAAGUUGUUGCAAGCUUCAAAAUCACCAUCGGAACAUCAAGUGCAACAGCUGUAAAAAGUAUAGAAUUUGCUCGUCGUGGAGAUUCAUUCCUUGUUAACACAGCUGAUCGUGUCAUUCGAGUCUAUGACUCUAAAGAAGUUCUUGCUUGUAAGAAGGACGGCGAUCCAGAACCAAUCCAGAAAUUACAAGAUUUAGUCAACAAAACAACUUGGAAGAAGUGUUGCUUUUCUGGCGACGGCGAAUACAUUUGUGCUGGUUCAGCACGUCAACAUGCUCUCUACAUUUGGGAGAAGUCUGUUGGAAAUCUUGUGAAGAUUCUUCAUGGAACGAAAGGAGAACUUUUGCUUGAUGUUGUUUGGCAUCCAGUUCGUCCAAUAAUCGCCAGUAUCAGUUCCGGAUUGGUGUCCAUUUGGGCACAGAACCAAGUUGAGAAUUGGUCAGCUUUUGCACCCGACUUCAAAGAACUUGAUGAAAAUGUUGAAUAUGAAGAGAGAGAAUCGGAAUUUGAUAUUGAUGAUGAAGAUAAAUCAGUUGACUUAUCAGCUGAGUGUAAACAUGACGAAGAUUUUGAAGUUGAUGUCGUAACAGCAGAACCAAUUGCAGCUUUUUGCAGUUCUGAUGAGGAAAAUGAAGACGGAACUUUGCAAUUCCUUCCAAUGGCACCUGAGGUUGAAGAUCCUGAAGAUGGUGGGUGGACUGGUCAAGAAUCCGAUCCCGUCACAGAAACAGAUCAAAUGUCAUGUUCACGUGACUUUAGUGACAUCGACGGUGCUGGUGGUAAAAAGAGGAAAUCAAACACCUACGACAUCGAACUUGAAAACGCUCCACCACCCGAUGAGAUUCAUCCAUUGCUACAGAAUAAAACAAUGAAAGAGAAACAAAAUAUCAACAAUAAAGCGAAAGGUCGACCGAGAAAGUAAAGCAAAACAUUUUAAUUAAAUUUAAUUCUUUUCUUCUAAAGGUUAUCGGAAAAUUAUUUUAAAUUUUAGUUUUCAAAUACAAUUUUUUGUAAGUUUAUCUUUUGUUAAGUUCUCAAUUCAAUUCAAAAAGAAGCUUUAAAUAAAAUUAAAUUAAGUUGCAAAGACGACCGUAA